AUGAAAAACAGGAAAACCAAGGAAAUAAUCGGCAAAAAAAUCUGCCGAAUUGAAAAGACAAAUCCAAAAAAAUGUAUGGAAAUCUUUUCAAGAUCGAAACCGGAUAGUGAAAUGUUAUAUGUAGAAAAAAGAAUUAAAAUACUAACAGUACCUACAACAAGGGAUAGCAAAGGAAGAUUAACAACACAAGCCUCGUCUUCCAAGAAAUGUAUGUCAUAUACGACGAGUACAGGUGAUUUCGGAGAGCGAUUCCCAGAUAGAGAAUCUAUCCCAAAAAACGUAUCAGACACGCAGAUAUCCCAAAGAACGGCAAAUAGCUAA